AUGCAUCAGCAAAACGGUGACAGAAGCUGCAAGAAUGAAGCCAUCGGCGGCGCGCACUACGGUCCAGUCAUAGUCUACCUUAGCAAGGUCGACAACGCCGCCACAGCCGACGGUUCUGCUGGCUGGUUCAAGAUCUUCCAAGACGGCUGGUCCGCGAAAUCCGGCUCCGGCUCCGGCGAUGACGAUAAUUGGGGCACUAAAGAUCUCAAUACCUGCUGCGGCAAGAUGGACAUCCCCAUCAGCAAAGACAUUGCCGACGGAGACUACCUUCUCCGUGCGGAAGUCAUUGCUCUUCACGCUGCCGGGCCUUCAGGCGGAGCGCAGCUCUACAUGACGUGCUUCCAACUCUCGGUCUCGGGCGGUACAGGGACGGCAAAGCCUGCGACAGUCAGCUUCCCCGGUGCGUACAAGGCGAGCGACCCCGGUAUUGCUGUCAACAUUCAUUCAAAGCUAUCUGGAUAUACUGUCCCCGGCCCCGCUGUUGCUUCUAUCGGGACCACGAAGACGGCGGGAUCUGCAUGCAGCGGGUGCGCAUCUACAUGCGACGCAGCCAAGGGACCUGUCGGCACGGCGCUUCCUGUAUCGCCUGUAGGUGGAGGAGGCACUUCUCCUGGGACUGGAAGCCCGCCCUCGUGUACUGUCCAGAAGUAUGCGCAAUGUGGUGGUCAGGGUUGGACGGGAUGCACCACCUGUGCCUCGGGUUCAACUUGUCAGGGUAUUUCGGCACCGUACUAUUAUCAGUGUGCUUAG